UCCCACUACAGUGUUUGUAAUAGUGGGAAUGCGCCUAUAACUUGGCCUCUUCUGACUCUUCCUAAGGAAUGAAUGAAUCAAUCAAUCUUUCCUCAUAACUGUUCCCGUUAAUUAAGUAAUUAAAAAAACGCCAAUUUUGCGUCCCCUGAGAUGGACCCUCUCACUCUGUUCUGCACCGCCGCCCUCAUCGCCGGCGGCGUCUACUGGUUCGUUUGCAUUCUGGGCUCCGCCGAGCAGAAAGGCAAGCGUGCCGUGCACCUCUCCGGCGGCUCCAUCGACAAGGACAAUGUGCAAGACAAGUACGACCAGUACUGGUCCUUUUUCCGCCGCCCCAAGGAGAUCGAGACGGCCGACAAGGUCCCCGCCUUCGUCGACACCUUCUACAACCUCGUCACCGAUAUUUACGAGUGGGGGUGGGGCCAAUCUUUCCACUUUUCCCCCUCGAUUCAGGGGAAAUCGCAUCGCGACGCCACGCGCCUCCACGAGGAGAUGGCCGUGGAUCUGCUCGGCGUGAAGCCCGGCAGCCGCAUUCUGGACGCCGGCUGCGGCGUGGGAGGCCCGAUGCGCGCGAUUGCCGCCCACUCCGGCGCGAAAGUCGUGGGCAUCACCAUCAACGAGUACCAGGUGAAGCGGGCCAGGAUGCACAACAAGAAAGCCGGGCUGGAUUCUCUGUGCGAGGUCGUCUGCGGCAACUUUAUGCAGAUGCCGUUCCCGGACAGCAGCUUCGACGGCGCGUACUCGAUUGAGGCCACCUGCCACGCGCCGCAACUGGAGGACGUGUACAGGGAGAUCUACAGGGUAUUGAAGCCGGGAUCCAUGUACGUUUCGUACGAAUGGGUCACAACCGAAUCGUUCCAACCCGAAAACCCGGAACACGUCGAGAUCAUCCACGGGAUUGAGAGGGGGGACGCCCUGCCGGGGCUCAGAAGUUACAAGGACAUCCCGGAGGUCGCCAGAAAAGUGGGUUUCGAGGUGGUUAAGGAAAAGGAUUUGGCAAAGCCGCCGUCGAACCCGUGGUGGACGAGGCUGAAAAUGGGUCGGAUCGCUUACUGGAGAAACCAUGUCCUAGUGACCAUACUGGCAUGGCUCGGAAUAGCCCCCAAGGGGGUGGUGGAUGUCCAUGAAAUGCUCUUCGUCACGGCUGACUAUUUGACCAGAGGAGGAGAGACCGGGAUAUUCACUCCAAUGCAUAUGAUUCUGUGCAGAAAACCUGAAGAGGCCAUCUCUACUCCUGCCCCAGUUUCAGAUUAGCAGCAGCAGAUGGAGGUUAAUUUAGUUUCUACCUGUUAUCUGCUUUCUUCUUUGGUUAUGAAUGAAUGUGUUUAUUUUCAAUGUGGGUUUGUCUGGUUUAACUUAUCAAUUGUUGUAGUGUUAUCAAAUUUUCUGCCUUGAAUUGCUGGAUUCAGAUUUCUUAUCCAAUGUCAUAUUCGAAUUUCUUGGGCCUGAAAUAGAAAGGAGCAAUCUUU